AUGUCCUCUGAUGGAAAUGAUAAGGCAGAUGUGGCUAAUGUCGAUCAAAGCUACAUGAGAAAGGCCAAAGAUAUACUAGCAGGUUUCGCCGGUGGGGCGGUGCAGGUUCUUAUUGGGCAGCCGUUUGAUUUGGUAAAGGUGAGAAUGCAAACAGGUCAGUACUCAUCACCAUUUGAGGCAGUGACCAACACACUAAAGAAUGAGGGUGCCUCUGCAUUUUAUAAAGGAACUUUGGCACCUCUUUUUGGUGUUGGGGCGUGUGUCUCGAUCCAGUUCUACGGGUUUUAUGAGGCUAAAAGGCAGAUUCUUAAAAGGCAUCCGAAGCAGAAGGAUUUGACACUUGCACAAUUCUUUGAAGCAGGUGCCGUUGCAGGAAUAGUAAAUACGCCUGUUACGGCACCUGUGGAGCAAAUCAGGAUAUUGCUCCAGGUGCAGUCAGACAACAAAAAUAAGCUUUACCGUGGGCCACGGGAUGCUAUUCGAAAAAUCGUCAGAAGUGAUGGUGUGGCCAAAGGUUUGUUCAGAGGAGCAUUCAUCACUUUGCUUAGAGAGGCACAGGCAUAUGGUAUGUGGUUUCUAAGCUAUGAAUACAUGAUGCGGCAGGCGGUUCAAAUCCAGCAUAAGCAAAGAAAAGAAAUAUCGACACCCUGGUUGUUGUUGUUUGGAGCUGCUGCAGGUGACAUAUUGUGGUUGGCCUCAUAUCCGCUUGAUGUAAUCAAAUCGAGGAUUCAGGGUGACCAAUUCGGGCCAAAUUCCAAGUAUGGUGGUCGAAUCGGUUCAGUCGUUAAAGAAAUUGCUGCGAAGGAAGGGUGGAGAGGAUUCUGGAGGGGAAUUGGGCCCGCAUUGGUCAGAGCCAUUCCUUGUAGUGCUGCCACAUUUACAACUGUUGAAUAUGUAUUGAGGUGGUUGGGUUGA